AUGGAUGCAAAUGUCACAUUGGGUGAGGAUGCUUCACAUAUAGGAGACAAAGGUAAACCUUCGGAUGUUACCCCAUAUAUUAUUGUUUCUUUACCUCCACAACUUACACAUGUCAUUCCUACUACAUCUACAAUUGAUUCUCCUACCUUUGAAAACAUCAUCAAACAACCAAUAACAUCUCUUUUUUCUUCACAAUCCACUGAUCCACCUACCACCACUUCACUAAUUCAAGAUUCUUCUUUCAUUGAAACUGAACAUGAGUUCGAAGGUUUUGGAGGGACAUUUGAAAAUCUAGAGUUUGAUGAAGAAGAGACUGACUUCCCAGAUCACAUGCUCAUGACAAUGAAACAGUUCAAGAUAUUGAAUACAAAACUUAAUUCAAUUCUUCAAUCUCAAGCUGAUCUUGGGGGAGGAAAUUCAGUGACCAAUCUUGAAGUGGAUGGUUUGUUAAUGAUGGUUGAAGGGAGGAUUUCUUUGAAAGAUUUAGGAAUAAUAAAGAUUCUGAGUCUCGUCUCCUGGAGAAAAUUGAUCUUUGUGAUCAUAGUAAUGAGAUGA